AUGGCCUACGUGGAAGUCGGCAUUGGCGACCCCAUUGUCUUCCUGCACGGCAACCCGACCUCCUCGUACCUGUGGUACAACAUCAUGCCCCUCCUCGAAGGCAAAGGGCGUCUCAUCGCCCUGGAUUUAAUCGGCAUGGGCGAUUCCGAUAAGCUCGACAAUAUCGGCCCGAACCGCUACACUUUCGUCGAGCACGGCAACUACCUCUUCCCGCUGGUCGAGGCCAUCGGCGUGAAGGAGCGCGUCACCCUGGUCAUCUAUGACUGCGGUUCCGCUCUAGGCUUUCCGUGGGCGUACUACAACCGCAAUAAUCUCAACGCCGUCAAGUCCAUCGUGUUCCUCGAGGCUAUUGUCACCCCCUUCCUCUCGUUCAACAAGCCUCCAGACGGCACAGAGGACUUCUACCGCGUGAGGAGCCCGGCGGGCGAGAAACUGGUGCUGCAGGAGAACUUUUCCUCGAGGAACUUUUCUUUGGUAGAGGAAAAUUCAGCGAAAAGGAUAAAGCGGUGUAUCGCAGGCCGUAUUUGA